AUCAAUUUCUGUAUCGUAUCUCUCUCUCUCUCUCUCUCUCUCUCUCUCUCUCUUUUUCUCUUUCAUAAAAAGAAACUAUAAUAAAAUAUGCGAUUGGAUGUAGUUUCCUCGGGACACACCUAAUCCUAAUCUCAUCUAACCUAACCUCAACCUAAUCUCUUAAUCUACGAUUUAAUCUUUUUUCAGCCGCAUUAAUCGUACUGUCUGGCAUCUCUCUCGAUUACUAAAAAUUUCAAGUACAUAUCUACUUCAUUUUGAACGCGAUAAGUAACGUAACGUGGCUCGAUGAACCUCAAAAUCCUACAAUCCAAUCCUAACCUAACCCCAAACUCGCAAGGUUGGUAUCACUCGACGUUGACAGUUGACAGUUGACGCGCGUGUCAUUGCGCGUGCGCGCGCAUUAUUUGUCCGUGGGGUUCCGUCGAUAAGCUCGGGGAACAGGUGUCUCGCACGACUAUACAUAGAGGGCCACGGGUGGAUCCGGAGGCGCAGGGAGGCGCCACAUGGUAUCCUUCGGUAGCUCUUGUUGCUCCCAUUCCCAGGCGGCGGAUUAUCAUCGCCCGUCGCUGUUUUCUGUUGUGUUUUCGGGGCCGUGUCGAGGAACAUGCCGUCGCGAUAAUCGCCUGCCGUAAGGGGGGCCAGCCGUGCGGGGGCGAAGUGACGUGUGUGCGCGCCGCGGGAGAGUGAUCGCGAUCCCGACACACACACACACACCCACACCGUCCGUCGUCGUUGCUGCCCGUGUCGUGUCGCGUCGGCCGCGCCGCGUGCAGGCAGGUGUAAUUUAAUAAGCGCAGGCAGAGGCAGAGGCAGGUUGGGGUGGCUGGCUUGGCGAUUUAACAGGAUAUCGAUUUGUCUGGCGAGCCAGUGUCGCCACCGCCGCCGCUGUUCUUCAUCGGGCAAUCGGCGAUAGCACGCGCUGAGCUCGCACCGCCGACAAUACGGCCGUCAGGCGUUACGGGGGACAGCCAUGGACGUCGAUAUUUUUGGGGCACAGCGGUGUUGUCGUGCAGCUGUGCCGUGCGUCGCGGUGGCCGCGUGCCUGAUGAGCGACGAGAUGUGACGCGAGACGGCCGCCCCGGCGACGAUUAUAUUCGGUUUCGUCAUCACGAGGAGAGGUGCGACGGAGGAGGCCCGCAACGAUCGCGAUUACGAGAAUCCGUGUACGAGAGGCAGAUGCCAACGGAAAUGAUGGAGCUCAACAGCGGUGCGGGAACGCCCGUCGGGGCCGUCGCCUGUCCCGUGUGUACUUUGUACCUGCGCGAGGGUAUUAGUCUGCAGAAGCAUCUGGAUACCCAUCCCAAGGAACAGGUUAUAGAUGCUCUCAUCAAGGCGAGCGCCUCCUCGACUCAGACGCAACAGCAACAGCAGCAGCAUCAACAACAACAACAACAACAGCAGCAGCAGCAAACUACCCCGGCGACAUCACUACCGGUAUCGCUGCAACCGCAAGCUUCACAGCAAACCCCUACCUCUAUUCAGACGCCUCAAGCGUCGCCCCAAGUGUCACAGAAUUCCGCUCACAUUUCCUCCGCUCAUUCGCCGUAUCCCAUAGGACCCAUCUUCGAAUGUCCUCCCAUAAGUACCAUGAUGCCACCGCAGUUCACCUCGUUCAGCUAUCAACAAUUUGUCAACAAUGGGACCAUGAUGAUACCGCAGUAUGCGAUGGCACCGCAGGCCAAUCAGAUGAUGCAGAUGCUGUACAAUCCGUAUGGUAUGUACCAACAGCAGCAAAUACCCACCGUCCAAAUGAUCUCACCAGUUGCAGCUAUCCCGGGCGCCGCGAGGAUUCGACCAGUGGUCACCAUGGCCGGGGAGAACAAUGUCAGAGCCGCCCUGGCAAUUCCUGUAAAUAGUCCCGAGCCGAAGCAGAUCCUGCCUGAGAUAUUGCCUGAUACCGAGCCUGAAUCCGGGCAAGUUAUGCCGGAUGUGAAUCUUCCAGCCUCGCCUGUGCUGCAAAACGAGGACGCAUCCGUCAGACAGGAGGAGAGCGACAACAAUGCGUUGCCGAUCGAUCAUAGAGGACAGCAGAUGCAGACUACCGCGUCGCCUGGUGAAGGUACAGUGCAGCACGGGUAUAACGCUAUUCCUAGAUCCAUCACAAUCGCUUGCGCCAUAAAUACCAAUGACGAUAAAGUGGAGAGUGUACUGCCGGACAUGGAGGAUGAGGAGCCAUCGAAUAAUAUUUCCACCGUGGACUUGCAGUGUAAAUCUGUAACAUUUGAACAACCUGAAACACAACAGUUUGCGCAACAGGUUAUGCAAGAAGGAUACGUGAGUAUAUCCAAUAGGAAAACUAAUGCAACGAGUGAUGUUGACUCUAUGACAUGUGAGCGCGAAUCGGAAAUGAUGAGCGACGAAAGACCGGCAAGCCGCAACAGCACUUUAAGUGUCAGCAAUAACGUUUCAUCGUCGCGGGAUACAAUAGCGAUUCCAGACGUAUUGAAGGACUCUAUUCAACCCGAGCUUAAUUCGGUAGAAAAGCUGGAAAACUUGAUAACCAUAAUGGAGACGGAGCUGAAUAGCGCUUCGCUUCAAAAAGAAAAUAGUUCAUCGAAUGAUCGGGAGAGAUUAAUGGAUGCGAGGGAGAAAUCGGAUAGGGAGGAGACUGUAAUUCACGAUACCGUAGUGACAAUUCUAGGCCCUCACGACAAGGAUCACAUAUUGCCUGAUAUACAAGAAGAUAACAAUACAUGGUGCCCGAAUGAUUAUGUAGAUAACGAACUGAGAACGCUAGAAAAAACUUGUCGGUAUUUGUCGUACAAUACAGAGUGCUCGAAAAUAGAUGACGGUUUGAAAAUGUUAGAGAAAAAUUUGUAUAAGUAUAAGCAUAGUUUUUCAGCACCCCCGUCCCCCGUCACGAGGAAGAAGUGCCGCAAGACCGUGGCGCGUCGUUAUAGCGCGCGAUCGGAGCUCGGAUCCUGCGAGAAUCUCAGCCCGUAUCAUCAUCAUCAUCAUCAUCAUCAUCGUGGUGGCUUUGACGACGCGGCGGCUAUGCAGGACGAGGAGGAGGAUGAGGACGAUGACGACGAUGUGGAUAUCGAUGAGGAUGAGAAGAUUGACGAGGAGGAUAACUUCGACGAGGCGGACAUGGAGAUCGAGGAGAUUCCCAGUCCGCAUACGCCUUUCGCGGAAUGCGGCGUCAGAUCGCACACACCAUUGUCCACGAUCAGCGGGAUUUCCGUGUUAAGAGUUAGGAAGGAUCUCAGCAAACCAUGUUCACCCACAUCCAUACAUUCGUUUCAUCAUGUGGACAGUGAUUGCGUAAGUCACGACGAGGACAGUAAUGCUGUAGAUAAUAAUAUUGUAGAUAAUAUUGCAGAGAAAGAUCCGAUUGACUGUUCUCAAAUCGAAGAGAAGAUUAAGACUGAUCAUCAGCAUCAGGAGACGCGCGCGACAUUGUGCGAAAAUAAUGAAAAAGUUCAGGAAUCGAGUAGUAGUAAUAGUUAUACGUAUCAGCAGUCAGUGAUAACCGAACACGUUAGUUCAUUCCCUGUGAUGCACUCGCAGCCACCCGUCUUGAUGCAAGAGUCAUAUUCCGCGACGAGCAAGACGCAAAAUCUCUUAAACUUGUCUGAAUCGAUUAAUCCUACAACCAGCACUGAAUCCAAGAGCUUUCAUUCUACCAAAUCUACGUUGAUGCCGAAGCAAUCGAUGGAAUUGCUCAACAUAAAUGAGGACGCCCAUGCCGGACCGAUAAACGUCUUUGAAUUUGAAGGAUUACAAAUAUUAGUUCCUAGUACAUUUAUAAGCGAUUCGUCCCAGAAAGCGGUUAGUGCGACCAGUCAGCAAUCUAUGGCAAGUAGCGAGGGUGCAAUAGGUAUUGAUGAAGAAGUCAAAAGUAUUAAUAUGCGUGCCGAUGAGACCAUGCCGCCUAGAGGUGAACUGUCCGAACAAGAGAGCAAUGGAUGCACAGAGCCGUCUGCAUGGCAGCUGUACAUGGGUCAAGAAUCUUCGCGCAUGUCCACCUCUUACGAUCUGUUGGCACGAGAAAGCUGGGAAGAAUCAGAAGGAUCUGACAACGAGAUCAGCGGCCCGUUGUUGGAUAGUAGAUCGUUGGCCACGCACUUCACUUCGAGUCUGUUCCUGGAUCGAGACCGGAAGACACCGACCAAACGGACGUUCAAGUGUUCUCACUGUAACGAAGUAUUCGAUUGUCCAAAAGAGCGCAGAGUUCAUAGUACAACGGUACAUAAGGAAGCAGUGCCCAGUAGUAGCAGAGAUCAGUUGGAUCAGCCGGAGAUGAAGGACAUCAAAUUGCUUGACAAUCGCGUGAAUGUGUUCGACGAUAUAUUUGUGCCGGGUCUGCACAUGCAACAGAUGUACCAUCAUCAACAGCCACUCCUGCAUCAGCUACAACCACCACCGUCGCAACCUGGAGCGGAUGGUUUGACCAAGGCUGAGGGCGAUCAAAAGAUUGGCGAGAAUCUGGUGAUACCAUCGAGCAUCGAGGUGACCUGCGCGAUAUGCAGCCAACGAUUUAGCAGCGAAAAAUCUCUGCAGAUACAUCAUCGGCGUAUGCAUCUAGCUGAGGUGAACAAACGCAUACGCGAGAACGCCAAGUGCCAGAUAUGCAAUGAGGAGUUCCCGUCAGUGUUGUUGUUCAACGCCCACCUGAAGAUACACCCGUUGGAAUGCGGACAGUGCGGUAAGUAUUUUUACCGAAAGCAAAAUUUCAAGCUGCAUAUGAAGCGGCAUUUGGGCAUCAAACCGUUUCCGUGCACUGUGUGCGACAAGGCGUUCCUUACCAAGCAAAAACUGGACGAACAUACCAACGGCCACACCGGCAACGCGCCUGUCAAGUGUAGUUUGUGCAACGAGACUUUCCGCAGGUAUUCGAAUUUGACGCAGCAUAAGAACCGGCAUCACCUCAACAUUAAGAAAAAACUCAAAGACUAUAUAUGUCACUGCGGUGAAGUGUUUCACACGAAGAAGAAGCUCGCCUGGCACAAGGAGACACACGACGAAAAGCCCAAGGCAUGCACGUAUUGCAACGAGCGAUUCAUCCACAUGGCCAGUCUGACGCGUCACAUGCGUCGCGCUCACAAUCGCCGAUUCGUUCCUGAUGCGCAGCGCGAAAGCGAGAAUGUCGAAUGUCCUAUUUGCAAGUGUAUCUAUCUACGAUCGUCGUUGGCGGUGCACAUGCGUGUUCACAACGGUGAACGACCGUACGAGUGUCAGGUAUGCUCCAAGGCGUUCAGCACUAAGUGGAAUCUGCAGUUGCACAAGUGGACGCACGCGGCACGCAGUACCAAACCGUUCAAGUGUAAUCAAUGCAGUGCGGCCUUUUAUCGUCACAGCGACUACACGGCGCACAUGAAUUCCCACCGUAACGUGCGUCCGUAUACGUGCAACUAUUGCGGCGCGCAGUUCAUUCGCAAAUAUAAUUGUCUACGGCAUGUCAAGGAGCACGAGGAAAACAAGGCGUACACGUGCGACGUAUGCAAUAAGACCUUCCAUCGCUCCUAUUAUCUCAAGGAGCAUCUGCGGGUGCACUCGGGCGCGCGACCGUACACGUGUCACAUCUGCGGCAAGUCCAGCGGCACCAAGUCCAAUCACAACAAGCAUGUGCGAAUCCAUCACGCGCGCGAGCCUGUAAAUACCGAAAAUUAAAUAAGGAUCAUCUACUAUAUACACUUUUUUCUUGUCGCAGUCGUGAGACGAAUUGGACAAUCCGAUCCCGAGUUUGCCCCGCGCGCUGUACUUAUGCGCGAAAUUUAAUAGCAAGUGUUCAGAGACUGGGAUUAUAUUUUUACGCUUUAAUCAGGUAUCGAGAUCUCGAUAUAAUAUCUCGGCAAGCUACGAACACUGUUUUGUGCCCGUGCAUGCACGAAACACUCUAAAUAUAUAUUAACUCGUCGCGAGAAAUUACAACAUGACGUCAGCAUUGAAUCUAGUUUCAAGCACCUUAACUGGGUACAGCAUGAAUUCCCAGGAACAUGUUUGCUAACUGAUUUGCUGGCGAUUUUUGCUGUCCUUUCUCGAAAUUAUAGCUACAAUUACUCGGGACUAAAGAAUUUAGUUAAGAUUAUUUAGCGGUGAUCGACACAUGACGUCGACCGUUUUACUGUACUCAAUCUGAGUACUCGUUCGUGUGAUUCAUGCACGAGGGACAUGUAACGAAUAUGUGGCGUACAUGCGCCGACGACAAUGAUGGGAUUAAGUCAUAUUGAAACUGAAACAGUGAGUCUACUAUCAUGACUUAUUUGAUUUCGUAUAAAUGUAUACAUAUGUACACAUUUUUAAAUAUUAUAUACACAUUUUUAAAUAUUAUUACUAAAAACAGAGGACGAAAAAAAAUGCCUGAAAAAAACUGAUUUUUUUUAAAGUGUAAUUUAAAUUAUACAUGUAAUGUUAUGUUUUUUGAAUCGCUAAGUAUGAUAGUAAUAGUUUUGUUUUUUUAAAGUGAUAGAAAAUGUUGAACGUGAUUAAAAUUCGCAGAAAGGAGAAAUCAAAUUAUUUUUUUAAUAAGAUUAAUGAUAAAUAAUUGGAACAAAUUUAUUAUUAUUUAUAUUAAUAUUAAUUAUCAUUAAGAAAAACUUAUCGACACUUUUAGGGCGAAUUUUGAGCUAUGUUUAUUAAUAUUUAGAUGAAAAUGUUACUAUUGUUCAAUGAUUCGAAAAACAUACAAUUAACACAUAAAUAAUUUACAUUAAACCAUAUUUAAAAAUUUGUGUACAGAUAUAUAUACAUUGAUAAAAUCAAAUAAAAAUCUUUAUAUGUAGUUUAUUUAGUGUUUCAGACUCAACGAUGAUUUAAUUCCAUCAUUGCAGUCGACGCGUAUAUAUAACAUUCUUUCAAUAAGAAAAUUGAUUAUCUUUAUUAAUUUUUAUUUAUCAUACUGAUUUUGCCCAUCGUCUUUUUUAUAUAUCCGAAAGUGUCUUACAAUAACACACUUUAAGCAUUGCCAUACGUGUAGAAUAAAAAUCGGAGGCGUUAUUAACUCUGUCAUCCGUGCAGUUUAAUUCUAGAUAAGUAACUUUUAUUAUAUCUAAAGUUUCCUUUCUCUUUUUUAUUGAAAUGCUGUUAUAUAUCAUUAAUUUUUUGUUAUUGACUGCGAGAUAUUUUUAUUUCUAAGGAAUUCAUCGCUACAUUUGAUACGUGCAUGAUAAAGUAUGAUGAUAAUAUUACUUUAAUAUGUGAUUUAGUUUAAUUUGAUGGAAAGCACUUUAAUCCUUAGAUAUCCAAGUAUUUAAAAAUAUUACAUGCAAGGUAUUCUAGAGAACAAUUUCAUCAAUAUAUUUUAUCAAUAUAUUUCAUCAAUAUAUAUUUCAUCAUAUAUAUUUUAUCAAUAUAUUUCAAUAUAUUUUAUUCCAUUUAAUUUUGUUAUUUUAUAACAAUUUUGAAAUUAAAAACAUGGGUACAUUUGUAUAUACAUUAAUUCUUUUAUCGGUCAUGUGUGUUGCAUGUUAAUUGUAUUAUUUAUUUGUUAAUUUUAAUGAAAACAAAUACAUAUAUUUGUAUUUCAGGAUUAACAAAUUAUAUAAGAUUAUUAAAGAUUUUCUUAAUAUUUUAUAAUAAAAUAAUUGUAUAUUAAAAUUAGCAUAUUUCAAACAAAUUUUGUGGAAAAAAAAACAUCCCGCAAAGGUAUCUAAGGAUUAAAUAGAGAAAGAGAGAAACAGAAAUUGUUGUUUAUAUAUCGUAUUAUCAAGCAAUCUUGAUUAUACAGGGUUGGGAUUUUAUUACGUUACGUGCUAUGUUUGUGAACAUUUGCAUGCUGUGUAAGUCCAGUGACUUGAGACUUUCAUUAUCUUAAGCUAAUAACAAAUUUUUAAUAAAGAUAAACUAUUAUAAUAUAUGUCACAAAACAAUUCUUGAAUAGUUCUUGCGAAACUAUGCAAUGAAGAAACACGUUUGCCAACUAAUAGUAUAAUUAUUAUAUAAAACUAAUUAAUCCAAUUCAUACUUACAAAGAUAUUGAGCACUUUUACAUGUCGUUGGUUGUAAAGAAUUUUUUUUUACAAUAUCUAUUUUACAUAAAAAGUGUGCAGGUUCUUGCACAUUGUUUGACUCUAUAUAAGUAUGAGAACAGCUCGUAUGAAUUGCGUUCAAUAUUCUAUGUAAGGGCCUAUGGACUAAUAUUAUGACUAUCGACUACCACAUAAUAGUUACGUAUUUUUUAGUUGUUAUUCUAUAUUUAUAUAUUUUGCAAUAUGUGUAUAAGGCCGUAUUUUUUAUUGGUUACUAUAAUUCCAAGACUGAUCGGUGUUGGUUCAUCAUAUAUUGCUCUCUAAUACAAAUCAAAGUACACUUCUCAGUUUUAGUUUGAUAUCUUAAUGUUUUUGUUGCGAUAAGCAAUAAUAUUGCUCCUUGGAAAAUAGGAAGAUGUAAAUCCAAAAGAAAUCAAUUCAUGCUUCUAAGGUAAAUUUCUUAAAGAAAUAUCUUGCCACAAGUUUCGUCACAUUAAAAUUUAUUUAAAAAUUUGUGUAUAAAAUAAAAGAUGUUUCUUGAUGAAAAAAAUGCAUAAUAUUUAUGUGAGAUUAUAUUAAGUUUUUUACUGCAAAAACUAUAUUAAUUUUCUAAUAUAUUAUGUUAUUACAUUAUUCUCUAAGCGAAUUAAAGUUUAUUAUAUUAGUCACAUAUAAAAAAAGGUAUCAAUAACAACCGAAUAUUUUGGAUUUAUUCUCUUCUGAUAUACUUACUACGAUUAGCAUAUAUAAAAAAUCAUAUGCUACUUGUACAAUCAGAAAAUAAUGUAUUAUAAUAUAGAUAUAUGACAUUAUUAAAAAUUAAGCAAAUAGUUAUGAAUGUAAGAAAGUAGGAGAGUAAUUUGACAUCUGAAAACAGAAAUAUCUGAUAAAUUAAAUUUGACAAAUUAUUGGGAGGAAAAUGUCAUUCUUUUUUUUUAUUUUGAUAUAAGAGAGCAAUAUUAAAGAGAGGAUAUAAAGCU